UUUACAAUUAACACCGAUUUUAAACGGCAAUCAAAAGCCAUGUGUUUAUGAUUUGUAUCAUUAUUUCAAAGCGAAUAAAAAGUUUAAAAAGUAAUAAAAACUCUUUGAUUAUCACCUGGAAGUGGAUCCCCGAGACCAUGGAUGACGAGUUCAUAUCGUUUGUGAAUAUCUUCAUCCCUACGAAACUGUUUGUCGCCCCAAAGGGUGUGCUCUUCGGCUACCAUCGCCUCGACAAGAGGUCACUGAAUGUGAACAUAACGGCCACCACUUCGCUGAAGACUCGGAUCAGUUACCACUCGUCCCCUCCCGAAGAGAUAUCAGUGUUGGGCACCAUUGACACCGACCAGCCGGCCCUCGACGAUCGUAACGGCGCUAUCGGUGGCAGAGGUGGUGGUCAUCGGCAGCGACUGCUUACCGAUGAUAAUGGACUCAAUGGCGACCAUAAGAGCAAUCAGGAGGUGAUUGGCCGCCAGUUUUGGUGCGAAUUGCUGUUCGCAGACAACGAGUUGUCCCUCAAGUGCUGUCUUAUCGACGGCCGGCCCAUAAACGCCGGCGCCGUCACUCUCAUCCACUACGACACCCGAGACUUCAUGAGUAGUCAACUCUUUGGCAAAGAGGACGACACAGACAACAGGAUGGCUUUCGUUGAGUUCAUAAUAGACUCGUUGAAACAGACGUCAAACCUGUUUAAGACACACCUGUCCUCCGUGUUGAGCGCCGACUGUUCGCAAUUCCCGGUGCGCGUGUCGUCGGCCGCCAACCCCGCCGGCGGCACCGGUAGCCCACGGGAAGAGCUGCGACUAAUGCUUCCGCGACGGCUGACCUCAUCGUUCAUAGAGUUCCAGCACAACGCCGACCGCCGGCGCCGACCCCACAAAACGCACGUCCGGAACAAGUCUUGGUUCCCGAACCAGCGACAGAUCACUUCAGCCUUCAUGGACACCGUUAUGAUGACGACGACAGGCAAUCAGUUGCGAUACCGGUGCCAACAGUUCCGGCACUGUUGGCUGGCCCUCAAAGGGCUCCGGCAUAAGCGGAUUAGUGUCGAUGUGGGGAACGUGUUGUCGUCGGUGGCCAUCGACAUCAUACUCGGCGUUAUCACCACUUUAUUCCUCGUGUUCUACUCGUCGCCGUCCUAUUGGCUCGACGCGGCCCUCAAGCACACCGACAGCCUCGUCAAUGAAGUCCAGUCCCUACUGAACCUAUUGAUGGGAAUGCCGGCCGGCCUUAAGCUCAACCGUCCCCUCAACACAGCGUUGGGACAGUUCUUUCUGUACCACAUCUACCUCUGGAAGACUUAUAUGAUUAUCAUUAAGCCGUUGUUCGCCAUUACUGUGGAAACGCUUGUCUACUGCGGGGUCUUAGGCUUCACGUGCAUUAUAUCGGUGCUGUCCGACUUGGUAUCCCUGGCCACCAUUCAUAUAUACUGUUUCUAUGGCUACGCCGCGCGCCUGUAUGGCCUACAGGUGGUCGGGUUGAGCGCUUUGUGGCGACUAUUUCGCGGCAAAAAGUGGAAUCAGUUGAGGGCUCGAGUGGACAGCUAUUCCUAUGGGAACGACCAGCUCUUCAUCGGCACCCUGUCCUUCACGAUACUACUGUUCCUGUUGCCAACGGUGCUCAUGUACUACUUGGUGUUCCUGGUGCUCCGCGUGGUGACCCUCUCAUGCCAGGGGGCGCUGUGUCUGUGCAUUGAGUACAUGUCGUCGAUGCCGUUGUAUAUGAUAUGCCUGUGGAUCGUGGGCUCCAAGAAAGUGGCCGCACGGGUCAGCUUCGAGCUCAUCAUACCGACAGCGGCUGCCGGCGCCGUCGACUACUGUCCACCGACGGUCCAGUUGCUGCUGAGGACACAGAAAGUGCCGUUCCGUCAGGUGUUGGGCGCCAGGAAUGAGGAGAUCAAGAGCUCGCUGUCCGGUCCGCGAGUUUCGUGGUCUGACUUCAUUCAGUCUGUGAUUUGGGGCCGAAUUAUAUACCCCCUGUAG